AUGUCAGCUCCACCAAACCAUCCAAACGAUAUGGACUCCCUUGCUGAAUCUCUGAAGAACAUCGAAAUCAGCUGCAUGCCCGUUCAACAAAGAGUUAACUUGGGCGAGCAGGACCCAAACUUCCGCCGAGAGGAACGUCUGGUUCCAUAUGAGAUCCAAGUGUGCCACGUGGAUUACAGAGACUUUUUCAUUCAAGUCAACAUCGAUAAACACUCAUUCGUGUUGAAGCAGACUCUAGAUGGCAAUGUCCAAGUUAGAGUUUCUGAUGGAGCUGGACAAAUUCAAACGUUCCCAAUGCCAAUUGGAAUGUCGAUGGAUGAAUCAUUGAAGAAAAUCACGGAUUACUUCUUGGGAAGACCAGGAACCAUCAUUCAUCAACUAUUGAUUUCUUCGGAAGACGUCCUGGAGAAGUGCAUUGUUCCAGAAGUUAUUCAAACCAGAUACAUCUGCUACGAUGGCCGGAAUCUGGACAAAGCUCUUCGGGUCAAAUGCAAGGAGACGUUUGUCUUUGCGAAAUGCUUCAGAGUUGAAAUGAUUCGGUCUGUGUUUGAGCAAGUUAAAUCUCUCAACUACACUGCUGGCAUGGCAAUUGAAAUCGGAACCGGUGGAAUCGAGCAAAAGAUCUUCCCUCGAGCACUGGAGACUCUUCAAGACCUCCAACCAAAGCUCGGAGUUCAACCAAAACAUCAAUGCUACGAUGGCGAAUGCGAUCGACCAGCCAUCGAGCAUGCCACACAUCUUCAAUGCCUCGUUUUCGACAUCGAGGAUAAGGAUUUGGAGAUGAUUGUCUGCUUGCCAGACUUUGUUCGAAUCUUCGGUGCUGAGGAUCAGGGAUUGAACCAUGUGGUUCGGUUCAGAGUGGAGCCAAAGGGAACAGCUGCACGUUGUGAUGCAGAGAACUGGCUCAGCGUUUUCGAUGUCGACGGAUUCGAGUCUUAUGUCAAUAUGGCAAAUUAA